AUGGCUCUUGGUCUAGAUGCUCAGGGGAUAGACGUGACAGUUGGUGUAAUAUGUGCGAUGACAGUGUGCACUGGCUAUGGCGUGCUGUGUUUGGUGACCAGACAAAGGUGCUCUGUGCAGAUUCGGGCCACCACAUUCCUUGUAGUCUUCAUCUCACUCAUCUUUGUGUGUCUCGCCGUGGAAAUGGCCUUCGAUAUUCAUGGCGGGAGUUUUGCAGCUGAUUAUCAAAGUGGGCAGAAUGACAACAGCACUGGGCAAAAUAUCAACAAAACAUGGCGACAAGUGGACCAAAUUAUGAGAAAUCACAACAAAACACCGCAAAUAGGACAGAUGCCAGUGCAUUGGAUCAACAUCCUUAUCUUUCUGAGUCCGUUCCUGUUUUCGGUAUUGUUGCACCCGGACCAUUGGUCCGUCAUACUGCGAGCCAUUCCUCAUUUUAGUCUUCUUCCGGCCUUGCAGAUACUGCUGCCGAUUUACAUGUAUUGCAACAUGGCCGACCAAAGUUGGGGUACGCGAGAACAGAACCGGCCGCGAGAUGUCCCCACCAUCUGUCCAUUGAAACGCCCCGAGUCAGAAAAGAUCGACUGGGACACCAAAAAUGAAGAAAAAGUUGACAUGAAAGAAGAAGUCGAGGUCACGUGCUCUUGUCAUGUACAAUAUUUAAAACAGUUGUCCGAUAACGAAACGGAAUUCUGGGAAACAUUACGCAACACAGUUAUUGGGACCUCAACCGAGUUCGGAUUGAGUGGGGACGAGAUUGGAAAAGACUUGGGUAAAUUACGUAGCAUCCUGUUACCGGUUGUCAUGGCAAUAAACAUCACGUGGUUAAUAGCGGCAGUGGUAACUAAAAAGACAAGCGGCUCAGAGGUGUUCACGUGGACAUGUGGUGUUUUUGUCGCUGUAGGCAUUAUUCAAGUGUUGUCCAUGGUGGCGUGCAAGAUACAAUCUUUCACUGUUCGGGCAGCUCUACGGACAGACGAGGAGAACGCCAGAGGGAGAGCUAUAUGGAUUAAGAGAUAG